AUGAAGAAAGCGCCAUCUCUGGUCGCGUGCUCGCUGAUCUUCGCAGCUGCACUGGUCCUUUUCGCUCUCCACGUUGAGCCUGUGCAAGCAGGGUCGAGGACGGUGCCAUCACCUCCGCCUCCAUCUGCACACACACCCUUCCGCCCCGGCCAACGCCCAUCGCCACCGCCUCACCAAGGACACAAUUUAUUAGCUGCUGCAAAUGACGUCCAUGGCCAUUGA